AUGUUUGUCUUUAUGGGCGCGGCUGUUGGAUAUGGCUGCCACGACAUUCAGACUUCAACUAGGCCAUGCACCGCCGAAGACACCAACAAGCGAGAUGGAGGAGCUCCGUGCCCACUUGACAUGAGUGGAAUGGAUUCUGGUGGUAGAUUUUGCCAGUCACCUCCACCUGACAAUCUACCUGGCACUCACCUAACAAGCUACCAAUGGCACAACGGCGUCUCAAAGUUCAACCGCCCUCACAGCCGAAGCCCUGAGAAUGUCAAGUCAAGUGAUCCAACAUCGUCUCUCAGUAGUUCAUCGACCAACAACCCGUCAUCGGGCAAAGCUUCUCACAAUGGAGAAGAGAUUGUAAUUGGAGUAGCUGUUCCUUUAGCCGUCAUUCUAAUAGGCACGGUGGCCUUCUAUCUCCUAAGGCGUAAGAAAAGACUACGAAAACGGAUAUCAGAUCAAGAAGUUUUGGCCGAAGGAGGCAACUCAGGGUCAGGCCAGAAAGCGGAACUACCAGGCAGUAUUGCGGCCGCCAUCUCUAGGCCAAAGGGCGUAGCUUAUCAGAAACCUGAGCUCGACAAUAUGGCUGUUACGAUUUUACCUGAACUAGCUGGCGAUCCACCUUGCGAUACGAUACAGGAGCUACAUGGCAGUAGUAUUACAACAACGCCAAGCGAUACCACAACACCGGCUUCUAAGCCUCAGGGCCUAGUUAGUCACAGUGCUGCUGAAGAUCAACAAACUCCAGUCGGCGCCUUGUCUAGCAUCGACCUGAGCAGUGCUUCGGAAUUGGGGUUGUGGAAUUGGAAUAAUUUCGACACGCUGAAAGGAUCUUCUGAGCACCCAGCAACCAAUGCGCAUCAAGGAUAA